AUGAGCGAGGAAAACAAGGCGUCCGCCUCUUCUUCCGCCGCAUCGUCAAGCAGCGCCAACCCACAAUCCUCGUCAUCAGCACAACUACCCGAUCCAUCGCUGCCCGCACCCAACUUGCCCGAGGACGAGCUCGGAUUCACCGCAGCCGAUCUCAUCGCCCAACAGUCCAAACUCGAAGCGCAGGCAAACGAGGCGAUCCCGUUCCAGUUCGACACUUGCACCCACGAGCGAGGCUACAUUCGUCAACCCGUCUAUGCCUGCAAAACGUGCGGCGGCGGAGGCGUCUGUGCUGGCUGCAGCGUUUCUUGUCACGCUGAUCACGAGCUGGUCGAGCUGUUCAACAAGCGCAAGUUCCGCUGCGACUGCGGCACUCCCAACCUGUACCGUCAGACGGAGCCGAAUCACGCAAAUCGACUCACUCGACUCACUGAGCAGCUCGCUUAUCCCGAAGGUGCCCAACCGUGCAGCUUGCGCAAACCUGGUUUCAACCCGCAGAACGAUGCAAACACCUACAAUCACAACUUCGACGGCGGCUUUUGCUACUGCGAAAGGGGCCAGACGUACGAUCCGGAGAAGGAGGACGAGACCAUGUUCCAGUGCAUCGUCUGUGAAGAGUGGCUCCACGAAAGUUGCACCUCAUUGCGGCCCAAUGCUGCGGGCAAUCUGACUGACGACGCUGUCAAAAGUUCAACGGCGCAAACGUCGAGCGCCGACCGACCCAAUCCAGAAGCAGAGCCGCCCCUCAUCGACCACGAUCUGUUCGACCUCAUGAUCUGCGACGCCUGUGUCCGAAAGCCAGGCAACGACAUACUCCGACACUACGCGGGAGCCAAGGGCUGGAUGGUCCUCGCACCUAGUAGCGAUGUAAUUGAGAUCGCGCAUCACGAUGCCAUCGCUAAAAUUCAGGUGCCUACCCAAGAAGAGCUGAGGGAGGGAGGCGGACCCUACAAGGAUGGCCGCAGUUGGCAGAUCUUUGGGCUCGCGGUGGAACAGGAACGGGCUCUCACGCAGGACGAUGUAGCUGCUGCCGCCGAUGGAGCUCUGCUGUCCUCGGUAGCGGAUCUGGCACGGUCGACGAUGGCUACUGCCUCGGAGAUGAUGGAAGGAUCUUCAGCGGCGGAUGCAGCUGCCGCGCCCGUGAAAGGCGAGCCGGAGGCGCCGCUUCAAUCCACCAGCUCGACGAUCGGGAAUGACGAGAAACGGGAUGGCAAGCGACGUGCGGACGAGGAUGUCGAUGAAAGCGAAUCCAAGCGGGCCAAGAUUGAGGCUGAAGCUUCAGAACCAAGCAUCCCCAUCGCGGAAGUCACGGGCGAACAGACGACAUGCACGCUACCGGAGGCGCUCGCAGUGGUCUCCUCGCUUCCCGACUCAAAGGUCGACGAAUGGACACCAGCCUUGAGUGAACCUUCCACGGCAAGCGGUGCGCAACAUCGAUACGACAUUUUUCUCAGCGAAGAUUUCCGGGAUCGCAUCUGCCGCUGCACCACAUGCCUCCCCAGAUGGGCCCACCUGCCACACGUACUGGACGCAGAAGAAACAUACGCGCCGCCCUCCGACCCUCAAGCAUCCGUACGCGAAGACGAUGCAGCUUCGGUCACUUCGUCGACCUACGAUCUAGGCAUGGCAGCACUGCGUUCCAUGCCGAGGGAGAAGAUGAUCAACUCGCUUCAUGCGUACAGCAAGUUCCGGGAUGCGCUGUGGGAGCAUCUCAAGCCGUUUGCGGGCACGGGCAAGGUGGUGCGCGAGGAAGAUGUCAGGGCGUUCUUUCAGAAGAAGCUCAAUGCGGAGCAGUGA